CUCGCAGCGAGGAGGACCGAGUCCGCGACAGAGGCUGCUCCCGAAGAUGUGAAGGCGAAGCCCCGCGUGACCGCGUCGCCACCGCCCGCUCGUCCGCACGCUCCAACCGGGGAGAAGCCGGUCGUAGUAAAUGCACUUUGCAGCAACUGCUACACUCGCGGUUCACUUUGUGUUUAAUUUUUUCGAUCGCGACGGCAGUUCGGUUCACAUCCGGGCCACAAUGCCUUGACUCCAUUAUUGUCUAAAACUGGCGAAGAGGUUGAUGAACCUUGUUAUUUAUUUUUUAUAGACACUUUUUUUUUUUUUUCGAGAGAGAAAGCUGGACACGAGAGGAGAUGUCUAACCAAGGAGUCCGGCGGAACGGCCCCGUGAAGCUGCGAUUAACAGUCCUCUGCGCCAAAAACCUGGUGAAGAAGGACUUCUUCCGCCUCCCUGAUCCCUUUGCCAAGAUUGUCGUGGACGGGUCGGGGCAAUGCCACUCGACAGACACUGUGAGGAACACGCUUGACCCCAAGUGGAAUCAGCACUAUGACCUUUACAUCGGGAAAUCCGACUCCAUCACCAUCAGCAUGUGGAAUCACAAGAAGAUCCACAAGAAGCAGGGGGCGGGGUUCCUGGGCUGCGUCCGCCUCCUGUCCAACGCCAUCAACCGCCUCAAAGACACGGGCUGUAAGUACCAGAGACUAGACCUGAACAAGCUGAGUCCCAACGACAGCGACACGGUCCAAGGCCAGAUCGUGGUGAGCCUGCAGUCGAGGGACCGGAUCGGCACCGGCGGCUCCGUGGUGGACUGCAGUCGGCUGUUUGACAACGACCUCCCCGACGGCUGGGAGGAGAGGAGGACGGCGUCCGGGCGGAUCCAGUACUUGAACCACAUCACACGCACCACACAGUGGGAGAGGCCGACCAGGCCCGCCUCAGAGUACUCCAGCCCCGGCCGGCCUCUCAGCUGCAUCGUGAACGAGAACACGCCCGUCAGCACAAACGGGGCCACGCCCACCACCACCACCACGGUGCUGACGCCCAUCAACGGUGACCAGCGGAUCCCGGAGAGACGGGUCCGCUCGCAGCGGCACCGCAACUACAUGAGCAGAACCCACCUGCACACGCCCCCGGACCUCCCUGAGGGAUACGAGCAGAGGACCACGCAGCAGGGCCAAGUGUACUUCCUCCACACUCACACGGGUGUCAGCACGUGGCACGACCCCCGAGUACCGAGAGACCUGAGUAACGUGAACUGUGAGGAGCUCGGUCCUCUGCCUCCCGGGUGGGAGAUCCGGAACACCGCCACCGGGAGGGUCUACUUCGUCGACCACAACAACCGGACCACGCAGUUCACCGACCCGCGCCUCUCCGCCAACCUGCAUCUCGUGCUCAAUCCGAGUCCGAGCCCCAAUGGCUCUCGCGGAGCCAUCGAAAGUCAGAAUGUCAGUCGUCAGAACCAGUUGAAGGACCAGGCCCAGCAGGCUCUGGUGUCCCCCGCUCAGCUCCUGGAGGAGGCCGAGUGCCUCACGGUGCCCAAGUACAAGAGGGACCUGGUCCAGAAGCUCAAGAUCCUCCGCCAGGAGCUGUCCCAGCAGCAGCCUCAGGCCGGACACUGCCGCAUCGAGGUGUCCCGCGAGGAGAUCUUCGAGGAGUCGUACCGCCAGGUGAUGAAGGUGAGGCCGAAGGACCUGUGGAAGCGGCUCAUGGUGAAGUUCAGAGGCGAGGAGGGGCUGGACUAUGGAGGAGUGGCCAGGGAGUGGCUCUACCUGCUGUCGCACGAGAUGCUCAACCCGUACUACGGCCUGUUCCAGUACUCCCGCGAUGACAUCUACACGCUGCAGAUUAACCCCGACUCUGCCGUCAACCCCGAGCACUUGUCCUACUUUCACUUCGUGGGCCGCAUCAUGGGCAUGGCGGUGUUCCACGGCCACUACAUCGACGGAGGCUUCACGCUGCCCUUCUACAAGCAGCUGCUGGGCAAACCCAUCACGCUGGACGACAUGGAGUCGGUGGACCCCGAACUGCACAACAGCCUCGUCUGGAUCCUGGACAACGACAUCACAGGUGUGCUGGACCACACCUUCUGCGUGGAGCACAACGCCUACGGGGAGAUCAUCCAGCACGAGCUCAAGCCCAACGGCAAGAGCAUCUCCGUCUCCCAGGACACCAAGAAGGAGUACGUGCGGCUCUACGUCAACUGGCGCUUCCUGCGGGGCAUCGAGGCCCAGUUCCUGGCGCUGCAGAAGGGCUUCAACGAGGUCAUCCCCCAGCACCUGCUCAAGCCCUUCGACGAGAAGGAGCUGGAGCUGAUCGUGUGCGGCCUCGGCAAAAUCGACAUCAACGACUGGAAGUCGAACACGCGGCUCAAGCACUGCACGGCGGAGAGCAGCAGCGUCAAGUGGUUCUGGAAGGCCGUGGAGUCCUUCGACGAGGAGCGCAGGGCCCGGCUGCUGCAGUUCGUCACCGGCUCCUCCAGAGUUCCUCUGCAAGGCUUCAAGGCCCUCCAAGGUGCUGCCGGCCCGCGACUCUUCACCCUCCACCAGAUCGAUGUCAGCACCAACAACCUGCCCAAAGCCCACACCUGUUUUAACCGGAUUGACAUCCCUCCCUACGAGCAGUACGACAAACUGUACGACAAGCUGCUGACGGCCAUCGAGGAGACGUGCGGCUUCGCUGUGGAGUGAGUCCCCGAGGCAGGCGGAGCUCAGCGACCCCCUCCACCACCAGCACCACCAACACCACCACCACCCAUCAACAUCAAUCCACUCCGAUGGGGGUCUUCCACAGUUGCUUUACCCCGCUCAUACUUCCCGAAGGGGCGGAGCUACGGGAGGGUGGGCCGAGAAAACCUGGAAAAUGUGUCACCUGACUGAUUUUCCUCUCAGACCCUCAUGCCCUCUCUCCAACUUCUUUUUUUUCUUGUUAUUGAAAAGGAUCUUGUAUCAGCUGCUAAUAACUCAGACUAUUUACUAACCCGUGGAACCUGCAAAGUCUCUGGCUCUUCCCUUUUUACAUUUUUUUAUUAUUAUCUAAGUUCAUUUUAGCAUUUAAAAAAAGGAUAAAUUAAAGAACAAAAACAAGUCAAAAGACUGUAUUCCAUGUAGCAACGCUCCAUCUUACCAAGCCACUUGAAGACAAGAGGCUUCAGAUGCGGCGCGUAUGUGUGUGUGUGUGUGACUCGUGCGUUCACAUCGGGGCUCUCGGCAUCGCCGCCUCGGCUGGAAAAUGCGGGGAAGGCAAGACGAGAGAUCGAAUUAGCCGACUGUUUACACCCCUCUACAAAGACCCUCUCACUCCUCCGACUCGUAGCGCUUCAUUCCCACCGAACCCAGUCCACAUGUUUCACAGCUAGAUUUGGAAGUAGAUGAAUACAAGAAUAAACAGCUUGAAAUGUGGUAUUAUUUAUAUAUAUAUAUAUAUAUAUGACGAGUUGGGGGAAUUGAAUUAAGCUUGACUGAAUUUUCCUUCCGGAAGCCGCCGUAUGUUUCACAAGCCGUGCCACUGAGUGUUUCACACCGUGUCCUCUGAGGGCCACUAAGAUCAUUUUACAAUGAAAGAAUCGGUGUUGAACCCUUUAAAUUCUACUGUUUCCCCGACGACCACCGCCUCUUUUUCUUUCUUUUUUUAACACGUUGUCAUUUGUAGCUGGGCUAUCGUGAUGUCACGAGCACGACACCCUCCCGUCCUCUUCUAAAGGUGUUCUGUCUCAGAGUCCAAAGCUCCAUCGUCGUCUAUCUCACGCUGACGCCACUUUGUUAUUGUUGUGGCGGCGAAGAAAAAACACAUAAUAACUCGACUACCUUCUCGCCGUUUGGUGCUAAACAGCAUCAACGUCUAAUGUUGCCAACCUCCUCAUUGACGGGCUACUUGCUCGUGCACACCGCACUACUCACACCUGUUUGUGGCCACAACCCCUCGCCAGAGGACAUGUCACAUGUCGCUCGAAACGUGUCCUCGGAUUCGACGACCGGCGGGAAAACUAUUUCUGACCGUUUGUCUUCCUUGAAUGCAAAAAAAAAAAAAUAAUCACGGCUUAAAUUGUUUUUCCCACAAGUCGACUAACAAUAUACAGCAACCAGGUGCUUUGGGUUGAAAGGGAACUGAGUGAGACGGAUCCGGUUUCAGCCGGUUACACGGUCCCAUCAGUGAUGCUUGUAUUUCUAGAGGGGGGGGGGGUCUACGAUUUGAAAUAAAAAAUAAAUAAGAAUUCUUGAACGUUUUCCCAAAACAAAAAUGCCGCCUGGCCAGAGAAAUGUCUGACCGUGGACUGUUAAACUUUAAAGUGUGCAUACACUAAAAUGAAGAAGAAGAAGAAGAAGAAAAGUAAAAGAAGAGAUUUAACUGAUCUUUUUCUCUCGUGUGUGUGAGUGUGUCUGUGUGUGUGUGUCUGUGUGUGUGUGGACGAGUGAAUGCAAAGUGUGUGUCCUCACAUGGUGCUCUGUACAGUAAUGAGGUUCAUGUGGAUCAGACAACCUGUAAUUUAUCUUUAACUUAAGUAUAGAAAUGAAAAGAGGGAUUGCACACGAACAGAAUGAGGUUGCCGCGUGUGUUUUAACGGUGAUUAAAAAAAGAUAUUAUUCAUUUGCCUUUAAGUCCAGUGCACACGCUGAUGCCCGACUGUGCGCUCCUCCACCGCCGCUCAGCGUCGCCUCUCGUUGAAGAACUUGUGCCCGAACAAGUCAAAGUGGAGACACGCUGCUCUUCUUUUGGUGUUUUUUUUAAUCGCAUAAUCCACUAGCAGAACUAUAUCUCUCACAGCUGACUGAUGCAAUUUGAUGUACAGGACUGUCUCAGAAAAUUAGAAUAUUGUGAUGAAGUUCUUUAUUUUCUGCAAUGCAAUUAAAAAAACAAAAAUGUCAUGCAUUCUGGAUUCAUUACAAAUCAACUGAAAUAUUGCAAGCCUUUUAUUCUUUUAAUAUUGCUGAUUAUGGCUUACAGCUUAAGAAAACUCAAAUAUCCUAUCUCUAAAUAUUAGAAUAUCAUGAAAAAGUAUACUAGUAGGGUAUUAAACAAAUCACUUGAAUUGUCUAAUUAACUCGAAACACCUGCAAGGGUUUCCUGAGCCUUGACAAACACUCAGCUGUUAUCAAUCUUUUUUUUUACUUGGUCUAAGGAAAUAUUAAAAUUUUAUGAGAUAGGAUUUUAGAGUUUUCUUAAGCUGUAAGCCAUAAUCAGCAAUAUUAAAAGAAUAAAAGGCUUGCAAUAUUUCAGUUGAUUUGUAAUGAAUCCAGAAUGCAUGACAUUUUUGUUUUUUUAAUUGCAUUACAGACAAUAAAGAACUUCAUCACAAUAUUCUAAUUUUCUGAGACAGUCCUGUAUGUUAACACUCAUUUUGGAAGAGUUAUUUUUACUUGUGUGUGUAAUUAGUUCUCAUUAAACUUGCCUUUGUCUAACAAUG